GUGAAUUGGGAAGUCCGCAGUCUUUUUUCCUCGAAAAUUUGAAGAUUAGUGUUGCUAUUAGAGAAAGCUUUCAGCGACUGUCUCUUACUAAGACAGUUGCUUUAUAAUUGACGAGAUUCCCUAAUUCCGAAAAUCGUCCGUAAUGCAGUCAUAUCUGGGUAGAAAACGUGUAAUAACAUGCAUCCUGGGAGUGAGAGGGACUGUAAACUCUCCCUGUGAAUUGAAUAGGGCCCGCCCUUUUGCGUGGUUUGGAGUUGUCUAGUCGGGAAGUCUACGAUGGUGCUCCGAUGUUGGCAACGCUUGCUCUACUGAUAGCCAAAAUAUCUUUACCUACACCUGUGAUAAGGCACCAAUGAUAAUAGAUUUGGUUUUCUCAGUUUGCACUGUUCAUUACGCUUCCUGGAAGUAGCUCGUGGUGCAUAAACUGAGUUGCGCGACAAGCCUAUUGCAACAUUUUCAAAAUGCACCACGCACUGAGAAUGUUCUUGACAGAAGGACAUUGCUGGGAUGGCUCCAGUCGAAAGACUUAUGCUGAACUGUUCGAAAAGCUAGACACCAACAAGGAUGGAAAAGUGGACGUCGCAGAGCUCAGAGCUGGACUUAUUGCAAUGGGCGUCUCGUUUCGAAAAGGGGCAGCCCAGAAAAUAGUUGAGUCUGGUGAUAAAAACAAGGAUGGAGGACUGGACAUCACCGAAUUCUCCAGAUAUCUCAAAGAGCAUGAGAAGAAAUUACGCUUGACAUUCAAAAGCCUCGAUAAAAACAAUGAUGGUUGCCUUGAUGCCAAAGAGAUCCAGCAGUCUCUGGGAGAGUUGGGGAUGGAUAUAUCAAAAGAGGAAGCCCGCAAGAUCCUCCAGAGUAUUGACAUAGACGGCACCAUGACGGUAGACUGGAAUGAAUGGAGGGAGCACUUCCUGUUCAACCCUGCCACUAACCUGGAAGACAUCAUACGCUACUGGAAGCAUUCCUCUGUGCUGGAUAUAGGGGACAGCCUUGCCAUCCCAGAUGAGUUCACAGAGGAGGAGAAGACCACCGGCAUCUGGUGGAGACAGCUGGUUGCCGGGGCAAUGGCUGGGGCAAUCUCACGCACAGGCACUGCUCCUCUGGACAGGAUAAAGGUGUUCAUACAGGUGCACGCUUCAAAGUCAAACAACAUCAGCUUGGUUGGCGGCUUUAAACAAAUGAUUAAGGAAGGAGGAGUGACUUCCCUUUGGAGGGGUAAUGGAGUCAACGUCUUAAAAAUAGCCCCAGAGACGUCCAUCAAGUUCAUGGCAUAUGAACAGUAUAAAAAGCUGUUGUCGUCGGAUGGUGGGAAAGUUGAGACUCAUCAGAGGUUCAUAGCCGGUUCCCUGGCUGGAGCUACAGCGCAGUCUGCUAUCUAUCCCUUGGAGGUAAUGAAGACCAGGCUGACUUUGCGAAAGACAGGCCAAUACUCAGGAAUGUUUGACUGUGCCAAGAAGAUCUUACAGAAGGAAGGCAUUAAGGCUUUUUACAAAGGCUACACUCCAAACCUUAUAGGAAUCAUUCCCUACGCUGGGAUUGACCUUGCUGUUUAUGAGAGCUUGAAGAAUAUGUGGUUAUCACGAUAUGCCAAAGACACAGCCAAUCCUGGCAUCUUGGUACUGCUAGGUUGUGGGACUAUCUCAAGCACAUGCGGGCAGCUUGCUAGCUAUCCACUUGCCUUAGUGCGGACACGGAUGCAGGCACAAGCAACUCUGGAUGCAGGUGAACAGACAUCGAUGCGCACACUUGUGAAGAACGUUGUGGCCAAAGAAGGUUUUUUUGGUCUCUACCGUGGCAUCCUACCCAAUUUCAUGAAAGUCAUUCCUGCCGUCAGUAUUAGUUAUGUGGUUUACGAGUACACUAAAACAGGACUAGGGAUAUCAAAAUGACAAGGGGAGGGCUGUCCUGACUGAAACACAGUUAUACAUGCUGUAAAUGUGAUGAGAAGGACCAACAGGAAUGAGAGGAAAAAAACUAAAUAAUAGGUAAACAGUUGCAUGUAUCUCAGUUUCAAGCCUGUCCAAGGCAGAUGUGUGUUUGGAAGAUGUUUUAUGAAAUAUUAUCAUUAUUUUAUGUCCUAUAGGACUGUUUGAAAUGUUUGUCUUGUAUGUUCAUUGUUUACAUGAUGUCAGAGGUCAGAGCACUGAUGAUUUAGCAUGUUGUAUGUGUGAGACUUUCAGACAGAGUGGCCUUAUCCUCCGUGUUAAGGAAGGCGAAGCAUUAAAUAUGGAGACUUAUGACAUCAGCAAUAAUGUGAACAUUAAAAUAUUA